AUUCGUCGAUUAUCUUCCCUCUUCAAAACAACAAACAAACGAAAACAAAAACGAAGCAGAAAUAGAGACAAAGAAAGAAAUAUUCAGCUCAACUUUAGCCGAGCCAAAUGGACAUAUGGCAGAAAGCGCGAAGCUUUGCGGAGGAAGCGGCGCGGCGGUCGCAGGAGCUGACGAAAGAAGCCGCGAAGCGAUCCUCCGAGCUGACCGUCGCCUCCUCGAAGCUUUCGGACAUUGUAUCAGAAGCGUCGAAGCGGUCAAAGGAGAUCGCAGCCGGGGCUUCAAAGCGAGCGGAGCAGAUCAAAAUUGAAGCCGUCAAACGAGCCGACCAGAUCAAGUCUCUUGCUGAAAACAUCGCGCCUGCUGGUGUGCUCCCGCCACAGCAGCAACAGGAGGAGGAUGUGGUGAGGUUUGGAAUCACCGAAGAGUUGAGAGAGUUCGUUAAGGAAAUUACUAUUAGCACCUUUCAGGAUUUUCCAUUGGAAGAUGAUUCAGAGAUUACGGAUGUUCCCACUGAAUCAAAUGUUAGGAAGGAUCUUAAUGAAUGGCAAGAAAAACAUGCCACUCUUGUUCUUUCCACGGUUAAGGAAAUAUCAAAAUUAAGAUAUGAGUUGUGCCCACGUAUUAUGAAAGAAAGGAAGUUCUGGAGGAUCUAUUUUAUUCUAGUUAACAGCCACGUGGCAGCCUAUGAGAAGCUAUACAUGGAAGAUGUUAAGCUCAAAUCUCAAGAACAGGUAAAGGAUGAUGGAGUGGAAGGAAGUUCAGAGGUUGAAAUAAUUCCUAAAUCAGGGGCAAAGGAAUCGAACCAGCAUCAGAGUAAGACUUCAACAUCCUUAACCAGGGAACAAGACUUGGAUGUAUUUCUCCUGGGUGGAGACAGUGAUGAAGGCCCAGAUAAAUCAGGUUUGUCAGAUGAUGGUGAUGAAGUAUUUGAUGAUGACUUUGACAAGAUGGCAGAUAGUUCGGAUGAUGAGAAAGAGAAAUCAGAAAAGAUCACUGAAGUGGCCAAGACAUGAUCAUUGCUGCACAGGUUUAAAAGAAAAUAAAAAUUGCCACGAUGAUGAAUGGAAUAAAUGUUUGUCCUUUUCUUCUCUUACCUUUUCUUUUUCUUUCCAAUCCUUAAUAUUUAUUUUCUAUCUUCCUUUUGCCUUUCUGGGGUGGGGAAACUGAGCCAUCUCUCUAUGUAAAGAAUGUUGUUUUAUUCUUUUAAUGUUUACUAUCGUUGUAAUCAUAAAUGUAAAUCUCAGUCAACUUAGUCAGUACCGAUCUGGCGAUCUCUCCUUGGGCGCAUUUGCUUUUGAGCUUUAUUUGUGUAGAUAUCCAGCUGACAGAAAAAUGGCAGAAUUUUUAGAUUGAUUAUAGAAGAAUUCAA